AGACAGCCAGAUUUCUACGAAAAGUAACCACCCCAGAAGUUAAAGCUUUUAAAACCAUGAUCACAUAUCCGGGCCAAAGUCUUCCAGUCGCCGAACCAAUUGCCGUCUAUCGUGACAAUAGAUGCGUAUUGCUAGAAGAUAACGAACUCCAGCAGACGGCGAAUAGAGGAAACCUAUUUUCAUCCUUUAAAAUUUUCAAGUUGAAGGCAUAUAUGCACCCUUUACCUUAUCCGAACUUUCAUGGACCAAUCGAUGUUAAUUUCUUGAUUGAUCUCAUCUUUCCACCCGAGGACAGGAAUUGUUAUGAAGUCGAAACGUCGGAAUACGAUGGAGAAAGCGUCAGGGUCAGGUUCAAAUUCUUCAAUAAGACCCAUAGGGAUUUGAUUGAAUAUUUGAAACGAGCGUCACAGAACCUUUCCCACAUUUCUGGUAAUGGUCUUCGUGACUGGGUACCGGCUGACAAAAUAACCAACCAAUUAGUUUAUGGAGAUUCUUAUAAUCAACUUUCCUCAUUCACAACCGAUUAUUCCGACGAUGACAAUGAAUACCCGGAAGUUGACGAGGAAGGUUUGAUCAACGAGUUGAAAAACUUGGCGGAACAAGUGAAAGCACAACGCAAGGAUAUCGAUGAUGCUAAAUUGAACUAUUUAUUCUAUUGUGCAUUUGAGAAAAGCAAUACGAGCUUAAGUCUUUAUGACAUUAAGAAUGAAUUCUUUAGCCAGUUAAAUAUUGUACAAUUUUUUCCCAGAUCGAAUAAUCCUUUCGAUCUGAAUGAUAUCAGCGACUUGAGACAGGCCAAGGAAGUCAUAGGUGUUGCUAUUUUAUCGCAUUUACAACAAUUUCUCAAUAAAGAAAUUUCGAAAAAAAUUACAACGGAUCCAAGAUUUUGUCUUGCCAUUACGUUGUGGAACCUCAUUAACACUAUGCACACAGUUCAUAAAUCCUAUCAAGCCUUAAAAGAAAGCGACGAAAAGUUUAGAGGAAUUCUUAAAGAAAAGAAAUAUAUAUAUUUAAAAUAUCUGAAUAAUAUGGAACUCUGGCUUGUGAAUAUGUUGAAAGUUCUUGAAGAGGAUCUUGACGAAACGCAAUACGAUAAAUUUCAAA